AUGUUGGCGAGUAUAAAGCAGCGUAAGUCAAUAGCAAUCAUAGGCGGCGGCCAAUCGGGUGCCACCGCUUGCAAGGCCUGUCUGGAGGAGGGUUUCGAUGUCGUGGUAUACGAGCGGACGGCCUAUACGUGCGGUCUCUGGCGGUACCGACCGGUGCCCGAAGAGGGCGUCGGAUCGGUCGCCAAAUCGACGCUCAAUUUCUCGAGCAAAGAGAUGUUCGCCUUCUCGGACUUCCCGCCCGACCCUCGAGUGCCUAAUUAUAUGACACACACAGAAGUGGUCAAAUAUUUUGAAGCAUACAACGAAACAUUUAAUUACGAAAAGUACGUCAAACUCCGUCACGAAGUGACUCGCGUGGAGCCGAACGCCGACUACGAGAGCACCGGUCGGUGGAAAGUGUCGGUCAAAGACCACAACAAUGCGGGCGAAGAGAGUGAACGCGUUUUCGAU